UGGGCGAGAGAAUGUCAGGGGUGUGGGUUUUCAAGAACGGCGUGGUUCGGCUGGUGGAGAAUCCUGGGACGGACUCGGUGCAGGGCUCAAGCAGGCGCAAGGUGCUGGUUCACACUCCUUCCAAUGAAGUCAUUACGUCCUACUCGGUGCUUGAACGCAAGCUUGCUUCGCUCGGCUGGGAGCGUUACUACGACGAUCCUGAUCUUCUUCAGUUCCACAAGCGUUCCACCGUCCACCUCAUCUCUCUCCCCAGAGACUUCUCCAAGUUUAAGUCCAUGCACAUGUACGACAUCGUCGUCAAGAACAAGAACAGUUUCGAAGUCAGAGACAUGAAUGUAACUUAGCUCGUUACCACCACUCUUUUUUUUUCCCCGUCAACUCUCUCUCGGGGCUUAAUUUGGGUGUGUUGCCUUUUAAUUUGCUCCUGAUUGAUUAAUUUAGACCACGCGGGUCUUAAGGUGUCUAUGUAUAUCUAAUCUAUGUGACUGUAACAUAAUUUCACUGUGUAUCGGUUUGUGUUCUAAUCGAUAUAGGGUGUGAUUGCGUGCUGGUGAGAAGUGACAGCUUGAGUGUGUCAUCAUUGUGUGCUCUUGUGGAUCUUUAUAUUAAUUCCGCAAUAAAAUCUGAGUUUCUUCUUCUAUAA